AUGACGCAAGUUCUCAACUACCACGACGCCGUGGUGUACGACACCGAUGUGGCACUCUUCGGCGACGGCGAGUGGCUCAACGACAACUGCAUCAAUUGGUUUUUCAGGGUGUUGGAGCACGAGGUGUUCCCGGGGAGGACGGAUCUCCUCUUCAUGGACCCCGCGGUGGUGUCGUGCAUGAUGAACCAGUGCGACGAUCUAGAGGAAUACGAGGAUCUUGGCAGAGGCCUCGAGCUGGCGAUCCGGAGCAUGGUUUUCGUGCCUGUCAACAACGCAGCGGGUCCCUUUUCGCGCGGCAGUCACUGGAGCCUCCUAGUCUGCGAUAGGAGGAUUGCGGGCGGCGACGAACGCAGAAGCCGUUGGAGAUUUCGACAUUUCGACUCGUCCGAGGGCAGCAAUCGUACGCCGGCGGAGCUGACGGCUGCCAAGUUCGUGAAGAUGUUGGGCGAGAAAACCGUCGGAGAAGACAAACCCUCGCGUGUGGAGCACGUCCGUGAAGCGCCCCAGCAGAGAAACGCCUUCGACUGCGGCAUGUACACCAUUUUGCUCGCCGAGCGCUUGGCGUCGAAGGCAGCGGCGGCCACGGCUGCUGCGAGCCAACAAUCCUCGACCACGCCAACACCGCCCGUGGUGGCAUCAGCGGUGACGGGGGUGCCGCGCUGCAACGUGAACCCGCGCCAGGAUAGCGAGGCAGCGCCGGCAGGGAAAGGGGGAGAGGCGGGCACUGGUGGUGACGCCGGCAGUGGUGGUGGUCUCUGUAGUGUUGAUAGUUUUGGUCGGGACAAGACUUCGGUUGCGGUAGAAGAAAACGGCUCGGGCGAGGGCAGUCGCGCUGUUGAGACGAUGGCGAUGAGUCCCACGUUUGUUUCGAGUGCAAGAACGCUGGCGCGGGAGCGGCUGUCUCGGUGCAUCGAAAACCAGAGACGUUGCUGAGAGGGAAGGGUGCAACUCUAGGCGGCACAAGAGUCGGAGAACGUGAUUUCUUCAGAGAUCGCUUAGUAGGUGUGCUGCUCAGACUUUCGUCUUGAUCCUCAUAUCUUCAAGUGAAAUAGCAGCGUCGCAUAUGAGGUUUGUGCGCCAUAGUAUCCACGUUGAUCUUUCUUGAUUAGAAUGGACACUUAAUAUGCGCCCCUCGGGUCCCAGCGUAAGGUUAACACUUUCGGGGAUGCUUUUCGCGUUGGAUUCGGCAGCGGUGGCGGCAACGACUACGAACAGAGAAUAUUACGGUCACAGGAAAAGCACCUUUCGAAAGGCUGUAUCUUCCAUCGAUACCGUUUUCCUUUGGAGGCAUGCGCGAGGCUGUGAGCGAGUUCCCGACCUGAGAGAUACAAAGACCUUCUGUCUAUCUUAUUGUUAUAGGUCUGCUUCCCAUACCUACAAGCCUACUCCUCGUGACGCGUGAUGGUUCAACGCUACGAACUGUUUCACACACGCACGGAUCGUUUAUUCGUAUUCCUUAAUUGCCUUGCACACAUCGAGAUAGAUAUAUUUGAUUCAACACACGAGUUUAUGAUGUUGACUGCACUCUUUCUAUAGAUUGCCGUGUACCCACGGCUGCUUCCCCAAUUGAUUUUUUUGACCCAUGUUUUGCUGAAUGAAUUUUGACCCAUUUUUUGGUGAAUGAAGUUCUCGUACAGUCUAUUCGAACAACAACGCCGUCACUGCAUACAAGAGUAAAACAACACAGAAGUAGUAGUAGAGUGUGGUAUAAUGAAAAAGAAACCAUUCAUUCAUUCAUCCACCACGUCGAAAGGUUCAACACACGAG